CAGCUCCACCCCGAGGAGAGCACAGCGUGCAGUGGGGGAUGCAUGCAGCUAUCGGGAGCCGGGCACAUCCAGCUGCUCACUGCACCCAAAGGUGCCAGGCAGGGACGCGUGGCUGAGCAAGGUGAGGGGUGCCAGGCAUCCUGCCCCGGGGCAACCCCGAUGCCAGGGACUAGGGAGCCCUCACCGCGCGGGUGGGCAGCCAUGGGCAGAUGGAGGGGUCCCAGCAUCCUGCUGGCUGUGCUCCUCCUCCUGUGCCCGCUGCCUGCUGCGGCGUGUCCCCACACCUGCUAUUGCUGGGUAGGGGAGGUGGACUGCCGCCAGCGUGCCCUGCACGAGGUGCCGCCGUUCCUGCCCACCAAUACAAGCACCCUCUGGCUCGGCUACAACCUCAUCGUCGAGCUCGGGGCCCGUGCUUUCACCUCCCUGCCGGUGCUGCUGCGGCUCAGCCUGACCCAUAACCGCUUGGAGAAGAUCCACCGGCAGGCGCUGCUGGGGCUCGGGGCGCUGCAGGAGCUGGACCUCAGUGACAACUACUUGUCUGUGCUGAGCACUGAAACCUUCCUGCCCCUCACCAGCCUGUCUAUACUCAACUUAGGCUACAACAGGCUGGAGGUGCUGGAGGCAGGGGUGCCGCGUGCCUUGCCCCAGCUCCAAGAGAUCUUCCUGAAUGGGAACCCCUGGAUGUGCUCCUGCAGCAUCCUGCCCCUCUGGCGCUGGCUGGGACACAACAGGGAGAAAGUGCCAGAGAGGAGUUCCCUCCUGUGCAUGUUCCCAGAGUCGCUGAGCACGUACCCGAUCAUGGCCUUUGGGAACGAUUCCUUCAAGCAGUGUCAGAAGGUCCCGCUGUCGGCCGAGCACUAUGCUGCCUUCCUGCUCAUUGGGCCCUUCUCCUUCCUGGCCAGCAUCUUCUGUUGCACCUUCAUAGGCUCCAUCGUGGUUGUUUACCAGCAUCUACGCAAGGAACCCCAAACCUGGAAGAGACCCAUCAGCAGGGGGGGUCACUGAGUCAGGGCCACUGGGGGCUGAGGGGGCCUUUUGCUGAUCCUUUUCUUCCAGCUCACCCCCUCUUGCCCCUGUGCCUGCAUUUCAGUGCACCCCAUUUACCUCCUUGUGUCUUUUGGUGCCUUCAGCUCCACCUCUCCCAGUGGCCUCAACCCAGAUUCCAUCUGGAUGGAGGUGGGUGCAAGCCAGCUUGCGUGGUGCUGGUGUUGGCUUCAGCCUGGAUAUGUCCCUACAGUCUCCAUCCAUACUGGCAUCCCAGAGUAGGGACACCUCACUCCUCCCAGUCCUUCCUGCAGCUCCGGGCCCUCUCCCUGCUCCAUUCCUCCCUGUCCCCCCACCCUUUUGCCAUGAGCCCUGAAGCAGUGCUGGGUGAGGCCCUGAUUCAGCACAGGGCUUCUUGCCAGCUCUGCCGGGAGGCAGAAACAGAGAGGCACACGGCGCAGCAAUAAACCACUCCACAAUCCA